AUGUUAGGAGGUGGCAAGGCAGAGGCUGAUGCCGAAAUAGAGGAACAGAUAGAAGUUGAGCAAAACAGUGAAAUUGAAGGCGCAGAUGAAGAUUAUGUGUACUCUGAUGAUUUCGAACUCUCAGACGGUGAACUUUCAGACAUUGAGGACGAUGAUGAAAUCAAUAUGUAUGUAGAAAAAAAUCGUGAUCUGAAUCCGGAUCUACCUGAGACGGUGACAUUGUUGGAGACAUCAUGGGGAAGCAAGGUCUACCUGGUUGGCACGGCCCAUUUCAGUGCUGAGAGUCAGGAAGAUGUCGCCAAGACGAUAGUUGCCACCCAGCCAGACGUGGUGCUGGUGGAGCUGUGUAACAGCCGCAUGAACAUCCUGCAGUAUGACGAGGAGACCCUGCAGAGAGAGGCCAAGGAUCUGAGUCUGGCCAAGAUGAAACAACUCAUACAGCAGAGUGGCCUGUUACAAGGUUCGAUGCAUGUGUUACUGCUGAAGAUGACUGCACAUCUGACAGAGCAGCUGGGAAUGGCGCCAGGGGGAGAGUUCCGUAGAGCUUUCAGAGAGGCCCAGAAGGUCAUGGGUUGUAGGUUCCAGCUGGGCGACCGUCCCAUCCAGAUCACGCUUACCCGCGCAAUGUCGUCCCUCACAUGGUGGCAGACCAUCAAACUGGCCUUCCAUCUUCUCACCUUUAACGAUUCAAUCAGCAAGGAGGACGUAGAGAAGUGCAAGCAGAAGGACCUGCUAGAGGAGAUGCUGAAGGAGAUGACGGGCGAGUACCCGGGCCUCACCCGCUACUUCGUGUUGGAACGCGACACCUUCCUAGCCCACUCACUCAAACAUGCUGCUCAGCCUAUACCUGCACCAGACAAGCCUGCAGGUUGUGUGCCAUCUGUGGUGGUGGGUGUGGUAGGGAUGGGACAUGUGCCAGGCAUCAAGGUCAAUUGGAACAAUCCACAGUUUGACAUCAGGGAGAUCAUGAGGCUACCAGAGAAGAAGUUAUCGACCCGUAUAGUACAGACGUGUGUACGGCUCACACUGCUGGGCUGUGGCCUCAGUUUGAUAGGACUUUCCACUUUUGGCUGCUAUAGACUCUACAAUUGGACAUUACCCUCAAAAAGCAUAUAGACCUGCAUAGAUUAUCUUCUAUUAUCUAUUAGGGCCUGUUCUGUUCAGUAUAUAAUUGUAAAUGAUUUUAUUCCAAGUGCCUUUACUAUGGGUAAAAUAUUGCUUUGGUAUGCCUUGCAAUCAUUCUUUCUUAGGACUGUUUAAAAAGUGGGAAAUAUACAUGUGAUCAGAACACCUAUGGCAGUGGGAUAGAGGACGAUAUCCCCUCUCUAUUUAAAAAAAUAAAUGUAGAGUCAUAUAACUAGGUGGUAAUGUUUUUGGGCAUUAUAUUCAGGCUAAUGUUCAAGAACAGCAUGAUUGCUUGAAGCACUUCUGAGUUAUGGCCCUUGUGACAAAUUGGAACUAAUUUGAGUACAAAACAAUAUGCAUAUCAAUGCUUACAUCAUAUAGCAACAUGUAGUUAAAGGCACGCCAGUUUACAGAAGGCUCGCCUUACGUUCCUAGGUUAUGAUUGUAUGCUAGACAAGGACAUUUGGUGCCGAAUGAGUCUACAAUCAAACUGGCAAUUAUAAGCAUUUCUUUAUUUGCAGUUACCGUAUUUUACCAUGCAUAGCGCGCAGUUUUUUACCUUCAAAUUUCAAAAUAAAAAUUCAGUGCGCGUAAUACAUUGACACAACGCUUUCCUGGUUGCUAAAUUGCGAAAAAUCCAUUUCGUAAUCGUAAAUCUUCACAAUUGCCGCCAUUUUUUUUACUAUUGCAGAAAAACUACACCCUACAAUGUUAUAGACUGAAGGAGCCGUUGUCGAAACAACAAAUAGCGGGAAGGGUAGGUAUGAACGGGGUAGUAACAGUUUUGGCAAAAAUUAAAAGAUGAAAAAAUUGUUUUUGUUGGUGUUUUCACACUUCUUCAUUGAUCGCAUUUUUAGGGGCUGUUGUCGACAUAAAAUGAAUGAAGAUGAAGUUAGGUGUGAAGGAGUUGUGUUUCGCAGGUUGAGGUAGGUGUGAAUGGGGUCUUUGCACUUCGUAAUUGACAUUUUUCAUCUAGCAAUGUACGAACUAACUUGUUGAGUAAUUUGAGACGCUAAUUGGCAUUUGAGACCUUUAUUGACACUUGAGAACGUGAAAAUAUGCAUUGGCACCGCAUUGUGUAUAAAUAUUGAGCGUUCAACAGUGCAGUUUCAAACGUUCAAUUGCUAUUGCUUAUACGACAUCACAGAAAGAAUAUUUGAAAUUGUCAGCCCCAACUUUAUCUUGAAAUUGUCAGCCCCACUAUAUCUUGAAAUUGUCAAUCAAGAUAUAUACAAGAUACAUCUUGUAAAUUGCCACUGAACAUCCUUGUUCAAAAUGGGUCGUAUACGUCAAUCGUACACAGUCAGAGAGAAACUUGAUGUAAUCAAGUACGCCGAAGCUCACAGCAAUCGGGCAGCUGGCUGUGAGUUUAAUGUCGGCGAGUCUUCUGUGCGGGAAUGGCGUAGGGACAAGGCCAGCCUGAUGAAACUGCCGCGAACGAAGCUGGCGCAGCGGGGGUCCGCUGCACACUACCCGGAAAUCGAGAAGCAGCUGCUCUCCUGGGUAGAAAAGCGACGCGACAGGGGCAUAGCCGUAUCAACUGUGGAGCUUCGAAUGGAGGGUCGACGACUGGCCGGUCUCCUUGAAGCCAAAGAUUUCAAAGGGUCAGCUCGUUGGGCUUAUGCUUUCCUAAAGAGACAUAACCUGUCCAUUCGAAGACGGACCCACAUUGCUCAGAAGCUGCCAAGCGACUACGAAGAAAAGUUGCUUGAAUUCCAGAGAUUCGUCAUCAAACAAAGAGUCAAAUAUGAGUUCGACCUCUCGCAGAUUGGAAACGCCGAUCAGACGCCUCUGACAUUUGACAUGCCAGCCAACACCACCAUUGCGACGAAGGGUGGCAAAACCGUAUCUAUAAACACAACGGGGAAUGAAAAGAACAGGUUCACCGUCAUGCUGGCAUGUACAGCAGAUGGUGGAAAGCUCCCCCCGUUUGUUGUUUUUACCACCAUAUUCUCGAGAGAAUAAUCUUUAAAAUUGUCGAAAAUAUAGUGCUAUGCAACCCAUGCUCCAGAUCGUUUAAACGCUCCCUUCUUUAAAACACAAAAUUAAGCGCCCGAAAAACUCCGAUUAAAUGAUUGCACAAUAUAAAAAUGGCGGCCAUUUUCGGCCCGAUUUUCAGGCUUUUUGGUCUUGAAUUCUUUUUUUUCCCCAUUUUGGCUUUAAAAAAUCGCAUGCGCGUUAUACAUGGUAGCGCGCUAUACGUGGUAAAAUACGGUACAUGUACUUAUAAAGCAUAAGCUAAUUUAAAAAAUAUUGAAUUAAACUUUAAUGCAUCGAAAGCUUUGAGAAUAUUUUAGACAAAAUAACUUAUGAAUACAUGUACAUAGCAUAGGUAGUAACAUUCAGUAACAGAAAAUGACUUUUCAAUAGUGAUCUUUAUUCAUUUCCUAAACAAAAUUACCACAAGAAAUAAGCUGUUUUUGCUAUCAGCAGAAUCUCAUGGAUUAUAUCUCAAACACACGAAAUGUAUAGUAGGUAGUUUGUUUGUUCCAUAGUCAAUACUUGUUUUUCAAUUAUUAUCAUAAUAUCAGACUUAAGGCAACAUUAGGACCUUAAUAUAUGAUUUAUCUUGACCAAUGAAAUCAGUUGUUACAAGUUGGUUUCAAAUGAUCCUUUUAAAUGGACCAAUCAAAUAAAUCAUUAUAAGUUGGUUUCAAAUUGACAUUGCACUUUAUAAAUGUUUAAAGAUUUGCGACUUUGCCAGAUAGCAACUAGAUGUCUAGUAUCAUUUGUUAAACAGGUCAAAAUCAUUGAAAUGCUACAAACUCAGAUGGGGUCUACAAGAUGACAUUUACUCUUUAUGACCAAAGUUCCUGCAUUAUAGUGUGUCAGUAUGAUUAGGUGUUGGUGUUUUCAUGAAUAUUUAUUGACAUUUGAAGUAUAGCCACAUUAUAUGUUAUUCCUAUUAUUCAAAUUGUUCUUGCAUAAGAUUUUAUCCUAUUUUAUUGCACUUUAUGUUUGCACAAUUUUUUAAAUACUUUUGAUUUUGACAGUCUUUAUGUUUUCAUAGUAUUCAAUGCUUUAUUGUAUGGGUCUAAAAGUGACUAGACCUUCUUAAUCUGUUUCAACAUACUAGCUUAUAUUAUUUCCUAUAUUUAAUUUUUGCUAAGAUUGUAUACAUAGUACAUUGCAGUUAUUCACACUGGCAUUACACAAGUGUAUUAAGAAAGUGAUGUUCCCAAUUUAUAUUUUAAUCUUAUGGGGCCUUUGUAUUUACAUUUGUAAUAAUAACUUCAUGAUAAAUGAUUAAAAGCAUAAGCGUCCAUGUAACUUCAGUAUUUUCAAUACAUGAUUGCUUGCUUUCUUCUUUCAUUUAAAACUGCAGUUUUUUUUCUGUUUGGAACCAUUUUGAAACUCUUAAUCUUAAAGGAUGUGACAAGAAGCCAGAACUGGAUUUUUUACAAAUUAUGUCCCUAAAUCGAGUGUUAAGAGCAAAUAUUUUUUUAUUUAUUCAAAAUUGAUGUGUUUAAAGCAUUCUAAUCAAACUAAAAUAAUGUUUUACACAGAUAUUAUCAUUGACAACAUGUUUGGUCAUGGUCCACUUGUGAGUGUUAAACAUGUGCACCAUCAAUCGCUGAUUUUCAAUCUGUUUCAAAUAAUGCAUGUUAUUUGCAAGUUGCUUGAGACAGAGAGCAAAUUCCUACUAACAGAUGCUGAUUAACCUUUCCCACUCAGAGGCAAAGUGAAAAUUGCCACAUGCAAACAGCAUUAAACCAGAACAGCCUGUGAGUAACUCGCAGUCUGUUCAGGUUUUAUGAUGUUUGCUGUUCAUCAGUAUCUAAGGGUUGGAAAUGAAGCCUAAAAAACUUGAACCUAGUAAGAAAGGUCUUAAUUAAAUGUAACUUUCUAAGGGACUACAAAUGCUUCAAAAUAUGUUUCUAAGUGGUAAAGGGUUAAAUAUCUUAUGUAUUCUGAACCUUCUGCUGACAAUUUAUUAUUAGCUGCACUUAUAUACUAGUCAAUGUUUACUCUUACGUGGCAAUACACUUCUGGUGCAUGUGUUUACUGUUUGUUGUAAAUAUGAGUUUGUUAGAGGUUAAUAUGCAGUAAUGUCUUCCACUUACGAAAGUGUAGCCAGAGCCGAGUCAGGCCCUGUUUUUAUCAAGCUUUUAAGAAACAUAUUUUUGUUUAAAUAUCUUCUCUUCUUAGUAAAAAUCCAGUUUAGAUGGAAACUGUCUGCAAAAACUUACGCAAUAAUUGUAAAUGUACUUAAGCUGUAUUCAUGUUUUACCUUAUUUUAAGAUAAUUCAAUAUUGAAUUCCAUGUUGUCAAAUUGCAUCUAUAAGUCUUAUUGACAUAUUAAUGGUAUUGUUAUAGAAAAAGUUACACAACUUAAGAUAUUGGUGGGGGAUCGAUGCUUAACUGCUUGUCCUUUAUUCUUUUCUUGUUAUUCAUUAUUUUUUGUCUUUACUAAAAUGUAAUAAAACAUUUGAAAAAAUACUCUUUUGACCAAUCAUGAUAUUUCAUAUAGCCAUUUACAUAUUUCAUCAUGGUAGCAACCAAGCUAGCAACUCCGCAUAAUGUGGUGUGUGGUAAUUACACUGGGUAUAAUGCAUGUGCGUAAAGUGUUGUCCCAGAUUAGCCUGUGCAGUUUGCACAGGCUAAUCAGGGACAACACUUUCCACCUAAACAAGAUUUUUGGUAAGAAACGAAAAAUACCAUAAAAGCGGAGUGUUGUCCCUGAUUAGCCUGUGCGGACUGCACAGGCUAAUCUGGGAUGACACUUUACACACAUGCAUUGUACCCAGUUUUCUCAGAAUGCGACACAAUUGUCUAAAAAAAAAAAAAUCCACAAUAAAAAUAAAAUACAAGGCAUAAUAUUAUUUGAUUGGAAUUUUAAUAAUCCUUAACCUUUUCCAAUGGAUUAAUUUUAAUUAGUUGGGAACUGGCAUCAGUAUACAUGUAUUCUCUGCACUUGUUUUUAUGCCCCCGAAGGAGGGUAUAUAGUGAUCGGACUGUCUGUAUGUCCGUCCGUGCGUCUGUCUGUCCGUCACACUUUGCGUUUAGGUUUCGAAAAAUGCUCAAAACUUCUAUGUCGCUUCAGAUAGCAAUUUCAUAUCUGGCUUGCAUGUGUAUAUGGACAAGGUCUUUCCAUACGCGCACACAUUUUGACCCCUGUGACCUUGACCUUGAACUUACGGUCCGCGUUUAGGUUUCGAAAUCUGCAUUUAGGUUUCGAAAAAAGCUCAUAUCUUCUAUCAAGCGUUUAUAGGGGGCAUAAGUUAUCCUAUGGUGACAGCUCUUGUUUUCUAUCAUGUUUUUGCAAUAUUUUUAUUACUUUGUGACAUAUCUAAAACAAAAACAUGUGAUUCCCUAAAGAGAUAGAAUACAUCACAUGUGCUUCUUUUUGUUGCCAUUUUGUUUUCAUGGACAGUGCCUUUCACAUUUUCUGGUGCACACACUUUGCUUAUUGUUUUGAUUGUUAAAGACUUGUAUUGUUUUACAUGACAUUGUCUGCAAGAAAUACAUUAUUGUUGCUGUGAGAUAUAUUAAAGGAAUAAAAUGUAAAAAAAUGUA